GUACCCGGCGACUCGUUUAUAAGUGAUGUUGUUUUGCUCGCUAGUUGAUUAUUUGGAUCUGCAGUGACAGGAUACUGAAAAGAAAAGAGUUUUGAGAAACCUCCCCUCACCCCAUCUAUGAAACCUUGUCCAGUCUCAGUGAGGAAAUAUGAAAGACAUUGACCUGGGCAAAGACUAUGUACUCCCCAGUCCUGGGUACAGGGGUGUGGCCAGGAGAAACACACAGGAGCUUCGUGAAACCAAGUAUAAGCCUCCUAAAGCACAGAGCCGCUCAGUGUGCCAGGAUGCCUUGGAGACAGCGGCGCGAGCAGAGGGGCUUCCCCUGGAGCAGCUUAAAAUCCUGGAAGAGGAGAAUCACAAGAGCAAGUACCAUCAGAGCAUCAACCUGCUUAAACCGUUCCGCACCACAUCCAAAUACAAGCACCCCGUGGACAAUGCUGGCCUGUUCUCCUUAAUGACAUUUAACUGGCUGACUCCCGUGGCUGCCCAAGCCCAUAAGAAAGGAGAGCUGUUCCUCGAGGAUAUAUGGGCACUGUCCAAGCUCGAGAGCUCAGAGCACAACAGCAGGAGGCUGGCACGGCUAUGGCAGAGUGAGCUCCAGGACUUUGGGGAGGAGGACGCCUCUCUCAGGAGGGUGGUCUGGAAGUUCUGCCGCACAAGGAUUCUCAUCUCUAUAGUUUCCCUUAUGAUCACACAGCUAGCUGGCUUCACUGGACCAGCCUUCGUGGUGAAGGGUCUGCUGGAGUACACGCAGCACAGCGAGCCCCAGGUCUCCUACGGCUUGCUGCUGGUUCUCGGGCUCUUCAUGACGGAGGUGAUCCGGUCCUGGUCUCUGGCCCUCACCUGGGCCCUUAACUACCGCACUGGCACCCGGCUCCGAGGGGCAAUCCUCACCCUGGCUUUCCAAAAGAUCCUCCGGCUGAAAAAUAUCAAGGAGAAGUCAAUGGGAGAGUUGAUAAACAUGUGCUCCAACGACGGUCUGCGGAUGUUCGAAGCUGCUGCGGUGGGGAGUUUGUUGACCGGUGGCCCGCUCAUAGCAAUCCUUGGGAUGGUUUUUAAUGUGAUCGUUCUCGGACCUACAAGUUUACUGGGAUCCGCGGUCUUCAUUCUCUUCUACCCAGCCAUGAUGUUUGUCUCCAGACUCACAGCCUAUUUCAGAAGAAAGGGGGUCGCGGUGACAGAUGACCGGGUGCAGAAGAUGAGUGAAAUCCUCAACUACAUCAAGUUUAUAAAGAUGUAUGCCUGGGUGAAAGCGUUUUCCCAGGCUGUGCAGAAGAUCCGCGAGGAGGAGCGGAGGAUCCUGGAGCGUGCCGGGUACUUCCAGAGCAUCACGGUGGGGGUGGCUCCCAUCGUGGUGGUGAUUGCCAGCGUUGCUACCUUCUCCGUGCACAUGCUGCUGGGCUAUGACCUCACCGCAGCCCAGGCAUUCACCGUUGUGACGGUCUUCAAUGCUAUGACGUUCGCUCUCAAAGUGACCCCCUUCUCUGUGAAGUCUCUGUCCGAGGCCUCCGUGGCUGUAGACAGGUUUAAGAGUUUAUUUCUAAUGGAGGAGGUUCAGAUCAUAAGGACAAAGCCAUCAAACCCCCUCAAUGCCAUAGAGCUGACAGGCGCCAGCCUGGCGUGGGACUCGUCCAGCACCAGCGCCUACCCCACGCCCAAGGGCACCCCAAAACUGAAGAAAGACAAGGGCAGGAGGAGAGACUGGAAGAGGCAGGAGGAGGAGGAGGAGGAGGGGCUGGGGAAGCAGGGAGUGUUGGCUGAGCAGAAAGGACAACUCCUGCUGGACAGUGACGAGCAGCACAGCCCAGGGGAUGAGAGCAAGGUGAUCCAGAGCAUCAGCCUGCGACUGCAGAGGACUCUGCACUGCAUCGAGCUCUCCAUUGAGGAGGGGAAGCUGAUUGGGAUCUGUGGCAGUGUGGGGAGUGGAAAGACCUCUCUGAUUUCAGCCAUAUUGGGACAGAUGACCCUGCUGGACGGCUGCAUCGCUGUGAAUGGGAACUUUGCCUACGUGGCUCAGCAGGCCUGGAUCUUCAACUCCUCCCUGAGAGACAACAUCCUGUUCGGGAAGGAGUACGAGGAGGACAGGUACAAUACAGUGCUGAGUGCUUGCUGUCUGAGAACUGACCUGGCUAUCCUCCCCAAUGGUGACCUGACGGAGGUCGGGGAGCGCGGAGCUAACCUGAGCGGAGGGCAGAGACAGCGAAUCAGCCUGGCCAGGGCUCUGUACAGCGACCGUGCCAUCUACAUACUGGACGACCCCCUGAGUGCACUCGACGCACAUGUGGGCAACCACAUCUUCAACAACGCCAUCAAAAAGCAGCUGAAACAGAAAACCAUCCUGUUUGUUACUCACCAGCUCCAGUACCUGGUGGACUGUGACGAGGUGAUCUUCAUGAAGGAUGGCAGCAUCACAGAGAAAGGAACCCAUGAGAAUCUAAUGGGUCUGAAUGGGGAUUAUGCUGCCAUGUUUAACAACCUGCAGCUGGGAGAGGCCCCUCAGAUUGAGAUUAACAACAAGAAGAACACCAACUCCUUGAAGAAGCCCCCAGAGAAAGGACCCAAGGCUGGGUCUAUUAAGAAGGAGAAGACUGUGAACAAAGAUGAUGGUACGAGUCUUUUUCAGUACCUCACUCUUGUGACAUCACGGAUGUACACGGUGCCGUUGUACGAGGACCUGUGCGGAGGCACCAUGAAGUCCUUCGCUGUGGAGGUGUUCUACCAGACGCAGGCCCGGCUGCACAUCAACUUGCGCAAGACAGUGCAGCAGAUCCUGGCUCAGACCUUCAGCACCUUUGUGACGGUCCCCACGGCGCCCCCCUCUGGAGACCGGCCUCCCGACACCACCGUCGCACUCAGGGAUGUCAACGUGUUGGCGUGA